GGGCGCCGAGGGUUUACAUCAGAAUCGACCUUUGCCGGCGCCACUGGGUCUGUCCCUUAGCUGCGGAUCCCGGACAACAGGUUUGGGACCUCGGGAGCUGCAGAAUUCAGGGCAGCUGGUCCCACCUGCGGCCCAGCUCCACCUUUGCCUCAGUUUCUCCCCGAUGGCCGGCAUGCUGUUGGGGACCGCCCUUCUCCAGUCCCGCCAGCCCUGGGCCAGGCAGGCGCCCUGUACGCCCCAAUGUAACCGCGCCCAGUGCAUCAUUUCCUGACAGUGCAUUCCUGGAGGCCAGGGCUUGUUCGCUGUCUCCAGCACCAAGGACAGGACCGGGCACAGUAGACGAGCGGCCAAGAGCUAAAGCAGGAUGCAAGCUGAACAGAGAAGACUUCCCCCAGUCCUAGGUUCCUGGGCCGGAGCGCGCGCACCCAGAAACUAAACCUGCAGCAGCAAAUUCUACUCUCAACCCCGCCCAUCCCGUGGCACAGCGGCCGUGGCACGCCCACACUUCCGGUCCGCCCACAGGAAAUGGGCGUGGUCUUCCUAUGACACUGCGCUGGGCGCGGAUUCUAACUGCUACCCGCGGAAGGAAGAGGUCGUGAUGGCGGCGCUGGAGCCGGAAGUGCUCCCCCCAGCUUCUGUCCCGGAUUUGGAAUGGUACGACAAAUCAGAAGACGCUUCUGCCCCCCAGAUAGACCUGCUUGAGGCGCACUCUGUCCAGGAACCUCCCAACCCUUCUGAGACUUUUUGCCCGAGAGACUGCUUGGUACCAGUGGUGUUUCCUGGGCCUGUGAGCCAGGAAGGCUGCUGCCGGUUUACGUGUGAACUUCUGAAGCACAUCAUGUACCAGCGGCAGCAGCUGCCUCUGCCCUAUGAACAGCUCAAGCGCUUCUACCGCAGAACGUCUCCCCAGACAGAGGACAUCGUGAGGAAGAAACCUCGGACUGCUAGCGAGGCAAGCAGCAGGAAGUGCCAGCAAGCGCUGGCGGAGCUGGACAGCGUCCUCAGCCACCUUGAGGACCUCUUUGCCCGGACACUGAUACCACGAGUGCUGAUCCUCCUCGGAGGCAGUGUCAUAAGCCCCAAGGAGUUCUAUGAACUUGACUUGUCCCGGCUGGCCCCCCUCAGCAUGGACCAGAGCCUGAGCACGGCUGCUUGUCUGCGGCGUCUCUUCCGGGCCAUCUUCCUGGCAGAUGCCUUCAGCGAGCUGCAGGCUCCUCCGCUCAUGGGCACCAUUGUCAUGGUACAGGGGCAUCGCGACUGUGGAGAGGAGUGGUUUCGACCCAAACUCAACUACCGAGUGCCCACCCGGGGUCACAAACUCACCGUGACCCUGUCCUGCGGCAGACCUUCCGUCCCAGCGUUGGCCUCCGAGGAUUAUAUUUGGUUCCAGGCACCAGUGAUGCUUAAAGGUUUCCAUGAGUGACUGAGGGCACCUGGUCACUCGUCUCUUGUGAGCAAAGUUUCUUCCUGGUCAGAGAAGGCAGCUCGGGAUGGGCUGAAGGUGUGGCCGGGGCCGUGAUCAUCGUCAUUGAGCUGCUUCUCUGAAUCAAGCUGAUCUUCCCUGAGUGUGCUAGGUUGUUUCUGUGUGGGAUGGAACAGCAGAGAUGGGGCCGUAGACAUUUCCACAAAGGUGGCCUUUUCUGCUGUAUCUGUGUUCUUUCAGAAUUUGUGCCAUAGUAAUAUGUGCAUGUGGCUAAUGAUGGAUAAAUUUGUUUAUGAAAUGAAUGGAAUCAUAUUAAAUUUUAUUGACUCAAAGAGA